CUGUGUGUCGUCGUUUAUUUUUUGUUGUCAUCAUUUUGGUUUAUCGAUUGAUUGAUUCAUUCAUUCAUUCAUCUAUCUAAGUGUCACUAAUGUAGUUAAUUGAUUCAUUUCAUUGAAAUUCCUGUGAUUUAUUUGAUCAUAUUGCAAAUUUUUUGAAAAAUUGACCAAAACAAAUAGAAAAAAAUGACCACAUUUGAUCCAUAUGACCAGAAUAGCUGGUUUUUCGGCCAAUUAACACGUAAUCAAGCGAUUGAAAUAUUAGAAUUUGAACGUGAUAAAGGAGUGUUUCUCGUUCGUUAUAGCCAUUCAGUGGCUGGUGAUCUUGUAUUAUCUGUUAGUGAAGAGAAUAAGAUUAGCCAUUACAUAAUCAAUAAGAUUGAUGUGAAUGGUGAAUCAAAAUUUAAGAUUGGUGAAAAUACAUUUCAUGAUAUGCCUAGUUUGCUUACCUAUUAUAAACAUCAUUAUCUGGAUACAACAGCAUUAAUUCGUGCGGCCAAAAAGAAACUCGAAUAUGUACGUGCCAAAUUUGAUUUUCUUGGUAAAGAUAAAGAAGAUUUGCCAUUUAAAAAGAAUGAAAUAUUAACAAUCAUAUCGAAAGAAGAGGAUCAAUGGUGGCGUGCACGUAAUGAACGUGGUCAAAUCGGUAGCAUACCAGUGCCUUAUGUUGAAUCGAUCGAUGAAGAAGAAUAUCUAAGUGAAAAAGAAAAAUUUGAUGAAUCAUCUUCGGAAUUUGAUGGGAAAAAUAUCACCAACAUUAAUAGCAUCAAUGAUAUGAUGAUGACGAAUAAUCAUCAUCAUAAUAAUCGCCAUAGUAAUGAACUAUCUAGUCUUGAGCCGCCGCCAACAUUAUCAUCAUCCGCAUCAUCAUCAUUAUCAACGACGACAACAUCAAUGAUGGAUCCAUCAUUGAAUACAAAUAACAGUAAUCUUGUACCAAUUCAACAAGAAUCAUCAUUAUUACUAUCUUCAACAAAUAAUGAUAGUAACCAAAAAAUUGACAACCAACAACAGCAACAAACGAAUAUUUCAUUUAAUAAUAAUAAGAAAUCUACCACUAAUAUGAAUCGAAAAUUACCGGCCAAAGCGAUUGUCAUACAGCAAAGGAUACCUAAUGCUUAUGAUAAAAAGGCGCUUAAACUUGAGAAAGGUGACAUUAUUACCGUAACGAAUACGAAUCUAAAUGGCCAAUGGGAAGGCGAAUUAAAUGGCAGACAAGGACAUUUUCCGUUUAAUUAUAUCAAAUUUUUAGAUGAAGAUCAAUGAAACACCAAUACAUACACACACACACACACACACACUCACACGAAACAUUGAAACGAAAUCUAACAAAAUUGACCCAACUAAACUGACUGUCACAUUUGAUCCAAUUUCAUUACCAUAAUAAUAACCUUAUUUAAAUUAUUAGAUUCAAUAAAAUGAAAUCAUUAUUAUUCUUUUA